CACACACACACGCCUGUCUGCCCGGGAAGCAACGCCGAGACGAUGCUUCUGGAGAGGUGACCACCGGCGGAUCCCGACACACAUUUCCCCGCUACACAUGGAAAAUAAAUAACCGAGAAAAUCAGCUGCUCUUUCUCCUUAAACAUGCCGAGGAGGAGGCGGUGAGAGCGGCGGCGGUGGAGGCUCAAGAUAGGAGCGCUUUCCUGGGAAGGGGAGGGAGGGAGAGAGGGAGCCCACGGCGCUCCCUCUUGUCUAAGAGGAUAAAGAAAAAAGGGAAAUCGAGCUAUUUAUAAGCAGACUGUUUGGACUAUCCUCCGGUGUCACCAUGAGCGGCGGCCCGGAUGAGAGCUCGGUGCGCGUCGCCCUGAGGAUCCGUCCUCAGCUGGCCAAAGAGAAGAUAGAGGGCUGCCACAUUUGUACAUAUGUGAUGCCCGGUGAGCCGCAGGUGGUCCUGGGUAAGGACAAAGCCUUCACCUAUGACCACGUCUUCGACAUGGACGUCCAGCAGGAAACCAUCUACACCCACUGCACCGAGAGUCUCAUCGAAGGCUGCUUCGAAGGCUACAAUGCAACCAUCUUUGCAUACGGACAGACGGGUUCAGGGAAGACGUACACCAUGGGAACCGGCUUCGACGUCAACAUUGGAGAAGACGAGCUUGGUAUCAUUCCCCGGGCCGUCAACCACCUGUUCAGAGGGAUCGAGGAGCGCAGACAGGCUGCCACUGAACAGGGCAGGCCUGUUCCCGAGUUCAAGAUCAACGCACAGUUCCUGGAGUUGUACAACGAGGAGGUGCUGGACUUAUUCGACACGACGCGAGACCUGGAGGCCAGGAAGCAGAGGUCCAACAUUAAAAUCCACGAGGACGCCAACGGAGGCAUCUACACCGUGGGGGUCACCACUCGCACCGUCACCUCUGCGGCUGAGAUGAUUCAGUGUCUGAAGCUGGGCGCUCUGUCUCGUACCACCGCCAGCACUCAGAUGAAUGUCCAGAGUUCGCGCUCCCACGCUAUCUUCACCAUCCACCUGUGCCAAGUCCGAGUCUGUUCUCCUGAUAACAACGAUAACGCAACAGACAACCGUCUGGCUAAUGACUCGGAGAUAAACGAGUUUGAGACGCUAACAGCCAAGUUCCACUUUGUGGACCUGGCCGGUUCUGAGAGACUGAAGAGAACUGGAGCGACAGGAGACCGAGCUAAAGAGGGCAUCUCCAUCAACUGUGGGCUGCUUGCUUUGGGAAACGUCAUCAGCGCCCUGGGAGACAGGAGUAAGCGCACCACUCACGUGCCUUACAGAGACUCCAAACUGACUCGACUUUUACAGGACUCGCUGGGUGGCAACAGUCAAACAGUAAUGAUCGCUUGCAUCAGCCCGUCGGACCGGGACUUUAUGGAGACCUUGAACACUCUGAAGUACGCCAACAGAGCCCGAAACAUUAAGAACAAAGUGAUGGUGAACCAGGACAGAGCGAGCCAACAGAUCAGCGCCUUGAGGACGGAAAUAGCACGACUGCAGAUGGAGCUGAUGGAGUACAAGACGGGAAAGCGUAUGGUGGGUGAAGAUGGGAUAGAGGGCAUCAACGACUUGGUCCAUGAGAACUCGAUGCUGCAGACGGAGAACAACAACCUGAGGGUGAGAGUGAAGGCCAUGCAGGAGACCAUCGACGCUCAGAGAGCCAGACUCACACAGAUCCUCAGUGACCAGGCCAACCAGGUUCUCACCAAAGCAGGUGAGGGCAACGAAGAGAUCGGGAACAUGAUUCAGAACUACAUCAAAGAAAUUGAGGAGCUCCGAGCGAAACUGCUUGAAAGCGAGGCUGUGAACGAGAACCUCAGGAAGAGCUUGUCUCGGGCCUCCACGCGCUCUUCGCUGUACGGCGGCCGCGGCGGCUCCUUCUCGCCUGCCCUCCUCGCCCCUGAGAAAGAAGCCAAUGACGUCAUUGAGCUGGCCAAGAAAAGCCUGGAGAAACUCAAGAGGAAGGAGAGGAAGAAGAAGAAGAGACUAAGGCGAUAUGAGGAGAAUCACCACCAAGAGGUUGAACACACCAGUGUAGUGAAAGAGGAAGUGCCAGACAACGACCACGAGCGAGGCAACGAGGAGGCCGAGGAGGGCAGCGACCACGAAGAAGGUGAGGAUGCAGACGGAGAGGAGGAGGACUUUGACAUGGCUGGAGAUGAGACGUCUGAUGAUUCCGACUCUGAAGAGCUGGAGGAGAAAGAAAACGUCCAGGCCGACCUGGCCAACAUCACCUGCGAGAUCGCCAUCAAGCAGAAGCUGAUAGACGAGCUGGAGAACAGCCAGCGGCGUCUGCACACUCUCAAACAGCAGUACGAGCAGAAGCUGAUGAUGCUGCAGAACAAGAUCAGAGACACCCAGCUGGAGAGGGACAGGGUGCUGCACACUAUGGGUUCAGUGGAGUCUGGUACGGAGGAAAAAGCCAAGAAGAUCAAAACGGAGUACGAGAGGAAGCUGAGCUCCAUGAACAAAGAGCUGCAGAAGCUCCAGUCAGCUCAGAAGGAGCACGCCCGCCUGCUGAAGAACCAGUCGCAGUACGAGAAGCAGCUCAAGAAACUCCAGCAGGAUGUGACCGAGAUGAAGAAGACGAAGGUGGUGCUGAUGCGUCAGAUGAAGGAGCAGCAGGAGAGAAGCAGAGCCGCAGAGUGCAGGAGGAACAGGGAGAUUGCCUCUCUGAAAAAAGACCAGCGCAGAGCUGAGCAUCAACUGAAGCAGAUGGAGGCCCAGAAAAGACAACAGGAGUUGAUUCUUCGUAGAAAGAAUGAAGAGGUGACGGCUCUCAGGCGGCAGGUGAGGCCCGUGUCCGGGAAGGUGAGCAGGAAGGUCAGCUUACCUGAACCUCCGCAGGAGGCGUCUCACAGAGCCUCCCCAAGCAGGAUGCAGACGUCUGGAGCGUCCCCAGCCAAUGGAGCCAGGAGUUCCCCGGUGCGAAUGGGAAGUAUCUACCUCAACAGGACGGCCAGGGCCAAAUGGCAGUCAUUGGAGAGACGCGUCACUGAUAUCAUCAUGCAGAGGAUGACCAUCUCUAACAUGGAGACAGAUAUGAACAGGCUUUUAAAGCAACGAGAGGAGCUGACCAAGCGGAGGGAGCGAGUGUCAAGAAAGAGGGAGAAGAUGGCGGUGGAGGGUGCAGACGCCGACCGCUCUUUGGCCUCCCUGAACGAGGAGCUAGAGUCUCUGAGCGCCAACAUCGACUACAUCAACGACAGCAUCGCCGACUGCCAGGCCAACAUCAUGCAGAUGGAGGAGGCCAAGGAGGAAGGAGACACAGUGGAUGUUACUGCGGUGAUCAGCUCCUGUAAUUUAUCAGAGGCUCGCUUCCUUCUGGAUCAUUUCAUGACUAUGGCCAUCAGUAAGGGUCUGCAGGCGGCCCAGAAAGAUUCCCAGCUGAAGGUGAUGGAGGGCAGGUUGAAGCAGACGGAGAUCAACAGCGCCACCCAGAACCAGCUGCUGUUCCACAUGCUGAAGGAGAAAGCGGAGAUCAACCCGGAGCUGGACGCUCUGCUCGGCAGCGCUCUGCAAGAGUUAGGUUACCUGUCACCAGAGAAUGGAGAUGAAAGCAGUAGUGAUGAGUCCACCCCCAGUCCAGCCACAGAGGGCAGCACACUGGCAUCAGAUCUAAUGAAGUUAUGUGGGGAAUCCAGACCGAGAAGCAAGGCUCGCAGGCGGACCACCACCCAGAUGGAGCUGCUGUAUGCUGGCAGCGGAGAUCCGUCCUGUGAAUCCCCUACCGGAGACUUCCCAGUUCCUCUGCUUCCACUCUCCGAGCGCCUGGAAGUGUUGCCUGACAUGCAGGGUCACAUGUCUGUUCAGCCCCCUGACCGCGAGCAAACUGUUUCCCCAUCUGCACUGUCUGCCAGGCCAGCUGGCAUUUCUGGAUCCAGGUCACCUACAGGGACUGAGAGGAGGCAACUGGAGCGCUCGCCCCUCAACCGAAGGAAGGUGCAAGAAAAAGGAGCCACGGCUACACACAUCCCAGCAGCCACUCACACACCUCCGUUUAGCACAGCAGAGGCUAAAACUAAAGGCAGUGACCACAAAUCACUGUUGGAAGAGUCACCUGUAUUUGAAGGCCAUAGAGGUGUGAUCAAUCCUGUGACGGCCCCGAAGAACAGCAGAGGGGCCAAGCUUCAGUGUGUUUACGUAGCAGAAGGGCACACCAAACCUGUUCUCUGCGUAGAUGCCACCGAUGAUUUGCUCUUUACAGGAUCCAAAGACCGUACAUGUAAAGUCUGGAACUUGGUGACGGGUCAGGAGAUAAUGUCUUUGGCAGAUCAUCCCAGUAGUGUCGUCUCAGUCAGGUACACUUCUAGCCUCGUCUUCACUGUUUCCACUGCUUACAUCAAAGUGUGGGACAUACGAGACUCUGCCAAAUGUAUACGCACACUCACAUCAUCAGGCCAGGUGGGUUCAGGGGACAUCUGUUCAUCUGUCAGGAGUUUAUCCAUCCCACCAGGAGAAAGUCAGAUCAACCAGAUUGCUCUCAAUCCUUCCGGCUCCUUCCUUUAUGCCGCCGCUGGGAAUGCUGUGCGCAUGUGGGACCUCCGCAAAUUUGUGUCCACGGGGAAGCUGACUGGCCAUUUGGGACCGGUCAUGUGCCUGACUGUUGACAAAUUAGAUAAUGGACAGGAUGUUGUUCUCACUGGCUCCAAAGACCACCAUAUUAAAAUGUUUGAGGUGGCAGAAGGCGCUCAGGGAAGCAUCAGCUCCAGCCAAACAUUUGAUCCCGCUCAUCAGGAUGGCGUAGAGUCUCUGACCGUGCAUGGAGAUGUUUUUUACAGCGGCUCCAGAGACUACUACAUCAAGAAGUGGGACUUAGCCAGUAAACAGCUGCUACAGCAGUCUGCCAGUGCCCAGGCAGACUGGGUUAGCGCUCUGGGCAUAGUUCCAGGCUCCCCAGUGCUGCUCAGCGGAUGCAGAGGAGGGCUGUUGCGCCUCUGGCAUGCCGACUCCCUAGCGCCCCUCGGCGAGGUCCGGGGACACGACAGUCCCAUCAACGGCCUGGCCACCAACAGCAGCCAACUGUUCACUGCCUCAGAUGACCGCACAGUGAAGAUUUGGGAAGCCAAAGGAUCUCUGGAGGAGGGGGUCCACUGACACCUCAUCACAGAACGGACCUUUCUCGCCUCUACCCGAUCAAAGUGAAUCAUUUGUGAAGCUACUUCAUCCCCCAUGACUUGAUGAAGUGUUGGAUGGGCUGCAGAAAGAAUGUUUGAACGACACUGACGCUCCGUUGAUGCUCCACAAUGAUCCGUUUCAGGGAAGUCUAAUUGGAUGCGACAGCUCUCAGUCUUUCAAGCUGCGUGUAUUUACUGUUAAUUUAGGUCAAGACAAAUCUCAAGUCUGCUGUAGAGCUCCAAGGACUACAGAACAGCUGCGAUGAACAGCACUUCUCAUAACUGCGACUGAAAACAAAAUUUAAUUUAAUUUAUGGACUUCAGUGUCAAGAUAUCCAGGAGUCUCCUGUGCUUUCAUCAUUCCUCUCCUCAGUUCAGCACUCGGCAACAUGGAUACCUUCUUUGCAUAUGCUGAAUUUUGCCAGAGCUGAUGAGAAAACAAAAACUUUUUGAUUUGCUUCCUGGUACAAAUUGUUGACUGCUGAAAGUGACCCAAGACAAAACAUCUCCUGCACACCAGCAAUAACUGUGAGUCUAUCCUGUGUGUUCAUGAUGCGUGAUGUGUUGUGUCAUUGCUCUCCAGGUCAUUCUGAGUGUGUGUGUGUGUAUGUGUGUGUGUGUUUGUUCUCUGUAAGCAAGGACCAAAUAACUACUGAAGCUGCAUAUGGGCUUAUCUUGAGCUGUUACUGCCAAACCCUCAGUGGAACAUUAGAGGCCUCUAAAUAAACCACGCUCCUUUGAAAGGGUUAAACACAUUGUACUGCUUGUACUGCCAGAACUACAAACAGAUUUUGCUUCUGUUGUCUUGUUCAUUUGCACUAAUGAACUAUUAAUUAAUCUAUGAUUUAAUACAUUUAAAAAAAAAAAGCUUAAAGAGCUAGCUUAACCACAUCAAAUCAUGUUAAUUCCUCGUUUCAGAGGCCACUGCUUUGCUAAGCUAGGCUAGCCAGCGAAGGACUAGCUUAACUGAUGUUUCAAAUUUAGCUACUGCCUUAUUUCUGGUAUAAAAAAAAACCCUGAAUUGCUAAGAAAAUUUAAAAAGCCGAUUUUAAUUGCAGGAAACACGCAGAGAAAAGUAGCUAAAUUAGCUUCCUCAAGUUAGCCAACUAGCUAGCAGCAAGUCUGUGGUUGUUAACUGUUUUUCAGAUUUUAUAUGUAGUUUUUUGUAAGCUCAAUGAUUUUGUAUUUGGCAAAACAGAUGUCAAAAAGUCAAAUUGUAGUCUUAACUCAAUUUUGACCCUUGUAGUUACUACAUUUUGGCUUUGAAUGGUAGCCAAGAAUUAAAAAAAAGAAACAUUAGCAUAGCCGACAGUUGAACCUUGCUUUUAUCUUUACAUCUCAAAAACCCAGGCAGAGUAGCUUACAUCCAGUUUGAAAUAAUAUAGAUAUGUCAGUGUUUCCCCAACUCACAAUGGCUUCAAUAUUUCAGUGACUUGUGCACAAAUAACAGCUGGGUUUCUGGUUUCAGUAUUCUCUGGCUGAUACGCAGAAAGUUUCCUUGUAAGCGUUUGUAGCCUUAAGUGGUGUUUUAGUUUCCUCCACUGAAUGGUCUCACUUUACUGUCAGCACGCUCCCCUCCGUCAAGGAAGCAUUUUCUCACUUUCACGAUUUUGAUCCUUCAAAUGAAAAGGUUACCCUAACCUUUAGUGGCUUUGCCGCACUUUGAAAGCCGAAGUACGGCUCUGGCUGCAAGUGCUUCUAGAAAACGCUGAGUCUCAUAGCAAUUUGGCUGAGAGGCUGUUUCUAAUCUGAUGGAAUCAAGCACCUUGUAAUUCCUAAAUCUUAGGAUAUGACAUGUAUUUUGUGAAAGCAUUUAUUCCUGAAAGACGUGCGUAUGUGUGUGUUUCUCAAUCCAUAGAUGCGAUAAGUUCUCCAUGUACAGUACUGUCCACCUCUGCUGUAAACUACACACAUGCUGCAGUAAUCCAUAUCAAACAUCAGUCAAUCUUUUAAAUGUGAGUCUAAAAUGCUACUAUUUAUUUAUUGUUUCACUUAUUUUUUCUUUGUGUGACUUUGCUGUUGUGUCUUCCUUACCUAUGAGAGAUUUUGAACUCAUUUCCUUGUAAUGCCUCUUAUAUUUCAGCAUCAUAGUGGAUGGACUGAACAGAAUAAAUGGGAUGGGUUUCUUCAUAAUCAGAAGAAUAUUAUCAGUGCCUGUAAUAAAUCCUUAACUGUGGAGAGUGACUUUAAAAUCACUACCUGAUGAAUGCCGACUAUCCCUUAUUAAAAAUGUCAGGUGUAUCCUUUGAAUUUAUUGAAAAACGCUUGUAUUUCAGGACAGUAAGGAUAUAUGAGGCAUGUCGGUGUUGUUAAAGUCAAUGGGACGAAAAUAAUUGCACUGAAAAUUCCAAUUUUUGCAACUUUUAAAUCUGUUUUUCCCCAUUAUCUCACAAGAAACUGGUUUUCUGUCCCAUUGACUUAAAUUGCAAAAUAAACGACCCCAAAACAAGAAACAAAAUGUGAAGUAUUUCUCAUUCAUAAUGAAUCGGAAAGACUGCUUGAAAUCUUUAAUAUUAAUUUGUCUGUAAAUCUAUAAAUACAACUGUUGUUUUCUUCCUGCUGAUUUUUUUGUGCACUAUUUCAAAUUAUUUGAAAUGUCAUGUGCGGUGUGG